AGAGAUGGUUUGCAAUCCUUACCCGACAAAGAAGUGAUGCUUUCGCUUCUCCCCCCCGGUGCUGACGAGCUGGAGAGUGUCCUAACAAAACUGAAGAACUUUCACGCCCUUUGGCAACGCAUGGAGGAAGAUGCAGCGUUAUUGGAUAGUCCCAUUGAAAUGUGGGCACUAAUUCAGCGUUUGGAAACGUCUUACGGACUGUCAGAUCGUGAGUUUCCACCACUUGCCACGUUCAUACGACGUCAAAAUCAGCUCCGCAUUCAACAAGAGUUUUUGCCGCGCCUGCGUGACCUCACAAAGAGACUCCAUAGAUUUGAGGCGCGCACGCAGGAACUGCAUUUGGGCAACAGCACAAAACUUAAAAGACAGGCGUGCAGACACGACAAGAAGGUUG